AGCUCAAGAGGACAUGGGGAAUAAUUGAAAAAGAUAGUCAACGUCAAUGAUGACGAAACUGAAAAUAGUAACUGUAAUCUGGAAGCAGACUUUACAGGGGAGCAUCUCGCUGGUUUUACCUGAGAGGCCCGAGAAACUAGAGUGGAGAAGUGGGCUCAUCUCCAAAGGCAGAGGAGGGCAGCAGUGCAACGGCGACGGUGAGAGCUGCGCUUAAAUCUCAGCGUAGAAGAAGAAGGAAAACCAGCGACGUUGAACUCCAAAGACGAAGAAGACUGUUUAUUAUGAACUUCACAGCUAGUACCUCGAUGGUUUUAUGACAUGUACUCCAACAAGUUUCGCCGCCUCAUGUUAGGGCUGCACUGCCUUAAAACAACCGCUGUUUGCGGCCUGGUCCAGAGGGCCGCUGGUCGAAGCGGGUUCGGCUGGACUGCGGUGUGUAGACAGCGGACACUGUGGCUGCAGAGGAGCGCCUGUCGGGAGAUAGAACGACGUGCUGUGCUCCGUCAAAACGGCGUUCGGUCAGCCUCUCACAGCACUGUGGACCCUGAUGAACUGAGGAAGUUCCAGUCGUUGGCAAACAAGUGGUGGGAUGAACAGGGAGAAUUUGCAGCUCUUCACGCCAUGAACGACCUGAGGGUGCCUUUUAUACGGGAUAACCUGCUGAAUGUGCACAGAGCGCGCCAUCCCGGGAAGCCACUCGCAGGACUGAAGAUCCUGGACGUUGGUUGUGGAGGAGGCCUGCUCACAGAGCCCCUGGGUCGUCUGGGAGCUAAAGUUUUGGGUAUAGAUCCAGUGGAAAACAGCAUUGGCACCGCCCAGCUGCAUUCGUCCUUUGACCCGGACCUAUGUGAGCGGGUGUCCUACCAGGUGUGCACCCUGGAAGAGCUCUCAGGAGGAGAGGAUGAAGGAGCGGGACACUUUGAUGCUGUGGUGGCGUCUGAGGUUGUGGAACAUCUGGCUGACCUGGAAACGUUCGCCUUCUGCUGCAGCCAAGUGCUAAAGCCAGGUGGCUCACUAUUCAUCACGACUAUAAAUAAAACCAACCUGUCCUACGUGCUGGGCAUUGUUGUAGCGGAGCAGCUGCUGCGCAUCGUGCCCGACGGGACCCACGACUGGGAGAAGUUUGUCAGCCCAGUAGACCUGGAACGCCUCCUGGAGUCUCAUGGUUUCUCGGUGCAGUCUGUCAAAGGAAUGCUGUACAACCCCCUGUCGGGAGCCUGGAGCUGGACCGACAGCACUGCCAUCAACUACGCCCUCCACGCCGUCAAACUGAGAAAACAGGCUGAGGACAGCAGCCUCCACCCAGAGGACCACACCAUAGAAAGUAGCAGCUGAGCCACGCCACUUGAGAAGAAAUCCAAAAAUGAGAAAUAAUAACUCAGACGCGAGCGGCCCUGACAUCCUGUCGGCCAGCUGUGACGCAGCACAUGAGACUGAGUUUAUUCAAGGAAAGGGACAAACUGCCUGCAGAUAGAAUUAGAGAUGUGCUGCAUUUGGCAGACCCAUUGAUGCUGUGCUGUGCUGCGUGAGCGCUGAAUACAUGUCUAGUGUUUGAUAAGCUGUGUAAAGCAACGGUGCAUCCUUUAA